GAAUCGAGGCUUAGAUACUUUAUUUCAAGGAAGUGAGACUGCAUGUGAAGUUGAAGGUACCAGCAAGACAGGCAAUGGAUCGACAUGACGAAGAUAGCAAUGUUGUUCAAGAUCUUGGUACAGGGGGUACAGAGAGUGUAGACGAAAGCCUCAGUCUCACUGCAUCCACAAGCACAAUGAUAUCAUCCCCUGGAAGACGAAACCUUAUGAUGGCUGUGAGUCAGUCAUUACAAUCUCUAGACCCACUCAGCCUGCUCAAGCCAGUGCAGCAAACAAUACAUUGCACUGGGAAUGAUAGAGAAUCUGCAUUUUCUAUUUAUGGCAACAAUGUUACUGUUUAUCCUUGUGAGAAUGAUUCAUCUCAGACAGUGGCCAGCAGUAAGAUCAAGUUUAGUCAAGUGUGCAAGUAUGACUGGGAGCAGAGGUAUUAUUUUGGGAACCUUAUAGCCAGCACCACAAAGUAUGUGGCAUAUGUAGUUGGAGGGAAGACUGAAAACGAGCAUGUUCGUGUGAUAAACCACAUUACGUCAUCGAGGGUCCUGUUGAAAGGUUUCGAAGGCAAGGUGAUGUGUUUGGCGUUUGGAGGCCCAACUGAGGAUCAUAUUGCUUGUAUGGACAUAGUGGGCAAUUUGCGAAUCUUCCUGAUCUCAGAAGGUAGCCAAGGCUUGGACUCGGAGUUGGUACUUGAGGUACUAAGAAACGAAACCCAACUGACAGAAUACAGCUUCGUUUCAUGGGCACCGAACCUACCUGAAGAUGAUAGUGAAGAUGAGGGUGAAAGUGAACUCGUCGUUGCUAUCACCUACAGAGAGAAAACUGAUGUUUUGAAUGUGACCACUAUCAAGAAGAUUCAUGGAAGCAGUUGCUCUCUGCAAGAUAUCAAGAAUGGAAGACAAAGUAUUCAUGAUGGACAUAAAGAACCGAUAACACAGCUUGCUAUUUCACCGAACUAUGAAGUACUUGCUACAAGUAGUCUGGAUGGAUAUGUUAAAAUGUGGAACAUCAAUUUUGAAUCAGAAGCCGAUCCAAGUUGUGUUCAUGAAUGGCUACCUCACGAUGGGAAACCAGUUACCGGUCUAUUCUUUUGCGACAAUCUUCUAUCACAAGAGGAAAAUAUGUUAUCGUGGAGAUUCCUGAUAACUGGGGCAGAAUUCAAUUCUGAAAUAAAAGUUUGGUGCUCUGUGUCAUGGAAAUGCCUACAAACUGUUAAGUUUUCUCCUCAUCCUUCAUCAAGUCCUUCUGACAGCAGCAAGAACCCGCACCCAAGACUAAAAGCUGUUUUGGAUAAAUCAGCUGUUUUCUUCAUACUUUCGGACAUUAGACGACAGGUCUUAUAUGUACUACAGUUGCACCAGAACAGUCAGGAGGGUGCGGCCCACUUCACCUCGUUGACAGAAUGCCUCCUUGCGCAACCCCUUCUGUGCUUCUCAGUGCACUAUACAAAGACAAUAAAGAAAAGGAAACAGGAAGAUGAAAUAGAUGGGGACAAUGCAGAUGGAGACGAGGAUGAUAAUGAACACAACGAUCGAGAUGAAAAUGGCAUUGAAGAAGAUGCUGAUGAUGAUUACAACAACAGUGAUGCACUCGCGAGCACUGGCAGUAGUGCAUAUCAAGUAUCAUUGAAAAUGUUCGGGAUACACGUAAAGUCGUUGGAUAAGCUUCACAUCAAAUAUACCCCGACUUGCUCAGUGCCGCCUGUAGCGCUUUCAGAGUGUACGGCUGUAUCAUCGGAAGAUUUCAUGUCUAUCCGUGACGGUAUGUCAGAUAUCACAGGAGAACAAGGUAGUGUGGUUUCAGACCAAGAGGACAACGAUAGUUUUGCCACAGCUGCUUUAAAGAUCUCAGCCUUAGAAGAAAGUAUAAAAAGCAGUAGGAGUAGCCUAACUGGCGUUACACAGAGUACUUCCAGUGUAUCACAAGCAACAGAUUAUGAAAAUGCCUCAAUUCACGUUGACCAAAGUGAAGGACAAGACACCAAAGAGGAACAGGUUGAUGAAAGUACUAAGGAAGAGGAGAAGGAGUUGAGUAGGGAAGAAAAGGAUACCGUUUCCCCUGAAGAGGAACAGAAGAGCAGUAUCAAGCAGGGUGUUGAAACCGCCAAAGAGGAAGAACCAGUUCCCGUGGAUAGUUCUUCAACUGAACUUAGUGAAGCGAUGCCAAGUGAUGAAAAGGAUUCGGAAGAUGGGGCACGGCUGAAGAAAGCUACCCAGAUGAGCAGCAGUUCAUCAUUGGACCUGAAUCCAUCAAAGCCGCGCAAGGGGAUCAUCACUAUUUUGGAAAGGCCUAAGGGUCUUGAAGGAGAAAAGGCCAUGACAGGCAAUGCCUCCGCUGGACACUGGAAUGAGAUAAAGCCUGUUUCUGAUAAUGAACUUGCUAGGAGACAACUUAUGGCGGAUUUAGGAAUAGUCUCACCAAAUAAGUCUGGUUCACCAAAAAGUGGGAAGGAAAACAAAAGAGUGUUGUCGAACAGGGGCAGCAGUAGGAUGCCGGCAGAUAGCGUGACAGAAAAAUCAACUGGCUCGAGCUCAGAUAGUUCAAUGACAAUUAAGACUGGUGAUUUGUUAGGCCUAGGCUUAAAUGGCGAUGCCUCUUCCGAUGUAAGAAUGUCCGCUGUAGAUGCACCAGAGAAUUCGAAGCAAAUGGAAACAAUUUUAAAGACAUUGCAAGAUCAAGAAAAAAUGAUGGUGCAAAUGUCCCGGCGAGUACAGGAACUGACAGCAACUUUGGAGCAACAAAUGAAACGAAACGAACGGCUCGAGAGUCAGCGGCUGGCAGAGAAGGAAAGCAUGAAGGCUGCACUGCAGCAAAUUCAGAAGAAUUCAGCGCCUAACUUCAACAAGGCAGUAAAAGAAAUCACCAAAGCUUGCUCUCAGCGAAUCGAUUUGUUAACGUCUACAAUGCAAACAGAUAUGAAGCAUGCGCAAGAAAGACAAAUGCUUGCACUGCUCGAAGGAGUCAACACUGCUGUCACGGGAAAAAUUGAAAAAUGCCUGAAAGCUGAAUUCAGAAGCAACUUGCUGCCAAAUUUUCAAAGACCAAUCACUCUUGCCAUGGAGCAAGUCACUUCGCAAGUUUCUUCUCGAUUAGCAGCAAUGGAAAAGACGUUUCGCGAGGAAGUGGAGGCGAUGGUGGCCAGCAAGCAGGCUGUGGUCGAGUCGCUCGAAUUCAGUGCCACUGCUGUACUGGAGAAUACACUACCAAAUGCAUACCGUAAUGCUUUUGAGAAGGUGCUGAUACCUUCAUUUGAAGAUAGCUGCCGCCAAAUGUUUUUGCAGAUUAGCAGAGAAUUUGAAAAAGGCACCAGAUCACAUUUUGAAAGAAUGGAGUCCUAUUUUGACAGUAGAAAACAAAAGGAUCUGCAAUCACGUGAUCAGGUUCUAAAGCAACUUCAAGGGCUGGGGCAAACUUUUCAGGACACAGCAGAUCGUCUGACUGGAAUCGAAAACAACUUGCUUGUUGUGAUGGAAAAACAAAUAAAGGAUUUGGUGAAUGAACUUAAAAAAGAUGUGGUUUCACAUCUUGACAAAUCAAUGCACCAAAUGAGAGAAGAACUCAUUUCAAUUGGUGGAAUGGCAUCUGCGAAGGAGACAAGUGGCUAUUCAGAGGAUCCUUUUGAUCAGUUAAACAAGAACAUCGAAUCUUUGGAUUACAAUAAUGCCUUCACGAUCGCAUUGAAUGCUGGGGAUCUCAAUAUGGUAUUGUACGUUUGCCAAAGAGUGGAUGCGGAAGACCUUUUCUCAAAGAAAGGCAAUGCUUUGUCGCAGCCCGUUAUUUUGUCACUUAUCCAGCAGCUUUCAGCCGAGCUGACCAUUGAGACUGACCUUAAAGUCAACUAUUUAUCUGAAGCUAUUACUGCUUUGGAUCAGAAAGAUGAGAUUACCGCUGAACACAUGCCAAGGGUUCUUGAAAACCUUUCCAUACAAGUCAACAAUGCUACUACUUUGUUAAAGGAAACAGAACCCAGUAACCAAUUCAUAAAAUCAUUGAAAGUUUUAAGACAACUCGUCAAAGCAGCUCUAAAGGGUGCUGCCCACUAAUGUUCUGGUACCAUGGCAUCUACUAGAAAUCUUUCGCUGUAUAAAACAAUGAUUCGAGUAAAACCCAGGCUAAAGGAUUGGUCACGUGAAAAAGAGACUUGUGCCCAGGAAAAAGACCUGAUCGCUUGAAAAGAUACCUGAUCACGUGGACAAAGACCUGAUCACGUGGACAGAGACCUGAUCACACGAAGAUUGAUUACGUUAAACUAAGUACUUUUAACAAAGGCAAACAGAACUGGUAAUUUCCGUCGUUAUCGAUUCUUCUAACUUUAGUGUUAAAUAUAUUUGCAAAAUUUUAGUUUGUUCAGUUUGUUUUUAAGCUUGUUUUGUUAAUGUAAAAUACUCAUGUUUUUUCAGUAGCCAGUUUAUUUUUUCUUGUUUCCUUGUAUGAAGAGCGGCGUCUUCGAUAUGAAAUAUAGCAAAUUUAUCAUCCUUGUUUUUAUAUCCUUAAGAUAUUAUGUGAAUUCUUUUAUAUCUUUGCUUCAUAUCUUUUAUAUCAUAUUUUGUUUCUAAGCAAAGCCAUAAUCCCGCAAAGGAUUGUUUAAAUGUUGUUUUCCAGGAAGGUCUUUGAAAGACAUCUAGAGGAAAUUUUGCAUUUUAUUUUUCCUUAUUCGUCUAUUCAUUCUUAAGGAUAUCUCUUAAGUUCUUUUAUCAUGAUGUAAUGGAAAACUUUUAUCCAA